AUGGGCUCCUACGAACCGAAUGAGACCUUGUACAAGGGAACAGUAGAAGGAGGGUUCUCCACAUUGGAGCAACCCAUGGGGACCCCUCGGCAUGUCAAGAUCAUCACGAUCGGUGCAGGCGUGAGCGGGCUUAACAUGAUCAGGAGGUUGCGCAAGAGCCUGGUCAACUAUGAACAUACAGUCUACGAAAAGAAUGCCGACGUCGCCGGGACUUGGUUCGAAAACACCUACCCUGGAUGUCAGUGCGACCAUCCUUCUCAUAAUUAUCAAUUUUCAUGGAGACCAAAUCCAGCUUGGUCACAGUUCUCGGCGACGUCUGCCGAAAUCAAAGCAUAUCUUUGCGACCUCUGCGAUGCCGAAGCCAUGCGACCAGAAAUCAAGUUGAUGCACAAAGUACAACACGCGGAGUGGAACGAGGCAGAUGGAGAGUGGAAGCUGGAAAUUCAGAAUCUUCAAACAGGGGAGGUUGGUUUAGACCACUGCCAUUUUCUCCUGAAUGCGACUGGUGUUUUGAACAAUUGGAAAUGGCCCGAUAUUCCAGGAUUGCACGAAUUUACCGGAGUUCUUGUUCACAGCGCCGCUUGGUUGAAGGAUUUCGACCACCACGGCAAGAGAGUGGCAGUCAUCGGCAAUGGCUCCUCUGGAGUACAGAUCGUGCCCGCGCUGCAACCAGAUGUUGAUCACUUGGUCCAUUUCGUUCGAUCUCCUACUUGGAUACUGCCGCCACAAGAGGAGCGAGUGCUCAAAAAGAGUUCAGUCGAGCUAUUAAGGGGUACGAUCAUGGACGGCAACAAGUUUACGCCCCAACAGAUCCAACGGUUCAGGGAUGAUCCUGUUUACUACAAAUCCUUUAUCAAAGCUACAGAGGAACAGGUCAAUGCACUGUUCAAAGUGUUGGUUGACAACGAAGGCUCGGCUCGAAUAUUGACCGAAACCCUCACGGAGAACAUGUCCGCAGCCCUGAAACAUGAUCAGACUCUAAUGAAAGCAAUAAUUCCAACCUUUACUGCCGGUUGUCGGAGGCUGACACCCGGACCGGGCUAUUUGGAGUCCUUGACUGAGCCUAACGUCCGCGUCGUGACAGACAAGAUCGUUCGAGUCCAUCCCGAGGGUAUUGAGCUUGUUGGCGGAGAAGUUAUCAAAGUCGACGCGAUUGUCUGUGCGACUGGUUUUGACGUCUCCUUUCGCCCCCGGUUUCCCAUCAUUGGUCGACGAGGUAAUCUACAAGAUAUAUGGGCAAAGGAGCUACCUGUAGCGUACAUGUCUUGCGCAGUUGCGCACAUGCCGAACUAUUUCUUGUUCAUGGGUCCCAAUUCCCCAGCCGGCCACGGGAGCAUCAUGACUAUCGCAGAGCAGGUUGCCCGCUAUGUAACCAUUGUGUUGAAAAAAUGGCAGACAGAACAUAUCAUUUCCCUGGCGCCAAAGGCAGAGAUUGUCCACGAGUUCGCACAAUAUUCCCAUGUCCUUCUUCGACGUACAGUAUGGGCUGGCGCUUGCCGGUCGUGGUACAAGAACGGGACGGUGGAUGGUCCGAUCACAGCCUUGCAUGCCGGGAGUCGAAUCCACUGGUUUCACAUGAUGGAGAACUUCAAGGGAGAAGACUAUGACUACGUUUACGACUCUUCGAACCGUUUUCGAUAUCUAGGCAAUGGUUUCUCAGUCCGGGAGACAGGAUCCAAUCCUACUUGGUAUCUAGACAAUCCAGAUCUAGUGGGCGAGGAGAAAGCUCCUUAUUAUUGA